UUUACAGGAGCACGGAGGAUGGCGGCUGCGGCCAGACUCGCCUUGCUGCUGCUGGGCUGCGCGGGGCUCCUGCGGCCGCUCGAGGGCCGGUACAUCGGCUACUGCCCCAUCGGCUGGUCCUACUUCUACCUGAGCUGCUUCAAAUACUUCUCCGAGCCCCUGAGCUGGGACGAGGCUGAGAGGCGGUGCCAGGACGUGCAGAAAGGCGCCCACCUGGCGUGGGUGGAGAACGCCCACGAGGCAGCCACGCUGCGCAGAACCAUCUCCUACCACCAGCGUGUGCAGCCCGUCUGGAUCGGGCUGCAAAAGAGCAAACAGAGCCAGGCCUGGCAGUGGACAAAUGGGGAGGACUACGGUACCGCCGGCGAGGUGCCCGGGAACGGUGCCCGCGGGGGGAGCUGCGCCGCGCUGACCCACGACAGCGACUUCUCCGUGUGGUCCAGCGCCGACUGCUCCCAGCAGCAUCACUACAUCUGCAAGUUCUACCCCUUGCGAUGAGCGCAGCCCAGGACCCCGCGCCGGCGGCGCUCCU